GUAGGAUUUGGGACUAUUUAAAAAAUAUAAUAUACCAAUGAAUAUUCACAACCCCAAUCAACAAAACAAUUAAUGAAGUACCACCUAAUGUAUGCAAUUAUGAUUAUCAAGCUUCUACGUGGCACAUUUUAAAAUAGUUUUUGUGAGUGUGGCUCUACUUUAAGAAUAAUGUUUACCUUCCCUUCGGCAACAAUGUAUUUAUUUUCUUUGACAGACAAUGCCGGGGGUGAUAAAUAUGGACGAGUUGACAGACGUGGAUAAGGCUAAAAUGGAAAGAGACCAAAAGAAGAUUGAAGUCAAGCUUGAGAGAUGGCUGACGUCUAAGUGCUGUACAGAGUUUAUGGAGGACGUUCAGGCUGGUGUAGAAGAGGACACUCUGGUCAAAGGUAUUGCAGAGGACAAUAACCCAUUCAAGGAGUUGAAAGAUGGAUGUGUUGUCAGCUGAAGAGGACAGGAAGAACAGAUUAGACCCUCUCUAGUGCCCAAGGACAUUCCCCCUACCCAGGAAACAUUGCUGGAUCACCAUUAGCCAACCAAGAAGAAACAAAAAAAACAAAUUAAAAUUUCUGAAUAUAUAUAAACCUCAUGAACCCAUGUAAAUUAAUCUCCCUGAAUUGAUGCAGUAAAUAAGAGUAGUUUUUGGCAAUGAUUGUCAGAGCUUUGUUGGAUGGUUUAUUUGUCAGUAAAGUGCUUGUCUCCCAC